CCUACUGUGAUCUGGACCCUACAAACUGCCACUUGACCUGGGGGACGCUCGACCCAUGACCUGGGGGACACUUGACCCAUGACCUGGCUACCGUUCAACACACUGUCUGACCUCCAUCCACCCCUCCCUCGUUACCAUGACGACUCCCUGCGCCUCCUCCGGGCCUCCUCCUCAGCAGCAGACGGAGGGAGCGAGGGAUCAGAAGAGGAGCAAGGCGAAGAGAGAGAAGAAGAGGAGGAGGAGAUCUGGGAAGAAGAGAGGGAAGGCAGGAGGAGGAGGAGGAGAGCAACAGCAGCAGGAGCAGGAGGUGCAGCAGGAGGAGGAGAGGAGAGAUUGCAAUAAGGAGGAGGAGGAGGAGGAGCAGGAACCAGCAGCAGCAGCAGCAGCAGAGUGUGGUGUUGACUCCCAGAGUGCACCACCGUCGCCCCCUGCUGGACACAACCAACAUCACACCCCCACACUAUCGAUUGCAGAGGGCUCCUCUACUUCAUCCUCAGCGUUGGCAGACAAGAAACACAUGUAG